CUGUAAAUUACAAGAAAUUCGUAAUAGUUAGAAAAAUGACAAAUAGCGCAUUGUAAAGCUUAAUUAUUUGCCUUUAAUUGAAGUGCUCGUUGAUGGUUGUGUCUUUUAUGGUAAUCGAGUAAAACUAGAAUUAAGUUAAGGAAAAAUUGAAAAAAAAAAAUAUGGCAACUAAUAUUAGAACUAUAGGUCACAAGCAUAUGCUGGUGAAGUGCGUGUACAACUCGUCGACGUACUUUCAAAUCAUCGAGCCGUGCCAAAUCUUCGACUCGCUGAAACCAGGCGAACAAUACUACACUUAUUACAACAGCAGACGCGUUUCUUGCAACAUAAUUACGUCGUCGAAUGAUUUGGAUGAACUCAAAGAUGAGAUGUCUAACAUUAGAGUGCAGAACGCGCUCAAAACGCAGAACCCCAACAUCAGCGUUGCAUCGACAUCAUCAGCGUCGACGUCGUACAUUCAGAUGGGCUUGAGCACGAAACUGGAUGAAAACCAGAUGUUCGUUUUCGGACCGAACGGAUCGACGAUUUCCACUGCGAAGAUGACUCGCAUAGACUGGGAUAAUUACAGGGUGGCGGCUCGCGAUCUGCUCCUCGCGGUCUUCUCACCGGAGGUACUGGCGACGCACACCUUGCUGGGAAGGAACUCCUCGAGGCAAAGAUUGGACCCGAUAGUAGUCGAAGACGUGAUCUACAUUUUGUGCUAUAAAUGUAACGUGAGCAGAGAGGAGGUGUUCGAUACAAUUAAAAGGCGAUGCUUUCAAGAGUACACGAAGAAUCAACUUCAGUUGGGACGAGUGAACGACGAAAACACGUAAAAUUGAUAAGAAACCGAUUGAUUUAAAUUUUUAUGAAUAUUUUAAUAAAAAGGAAAGCAUAUUUUAAUUGAU